UUUAAAGGAUCAAAACCUGAAGAGAGACUAGUCUAGUUAAGAAAACAAGGGAGUCAGGAUCUGGAAAAGGAACCUGAAACGUGGGAGCAUGUCAGGGAAACCUAAACUUACCUACUUCAAUGGGAGAGGGCGAAUGGAAUCAAUACGGUGGCUUUUGGCAGCAGCUGGUGUGGAGUUUGAGGAGGAUUUUUUGGAAACAAGAGAGCAGUAUCUCAAGUUAAUUCAAGAUGGACACCUCCUGUUUGAUCAAGUUCCACUGGUGGAGAUUGAUGGAAUGAAGAUGGUGCAGACUAAAGCUAUCCUCAGCUACAUAGCAGGAAAGCACAACCUCUAUGGGAAGGGCCUGAAGGAGCGAGCCUUCAUUGACACAUAUGUGGAAGGAACAACAGACCUCAUGCAAAUGAUCUUAACACUUCCUUUCUCUCCACCUGAGGCAAAAAAAAAGAAUCUUCCCUUAAUCAUUGAGAAAGCCAAAAACCGAUACUUCCCAGCCUAUGAAAAGGCUUUGAAACAGCAUGGCCAGGGGUUUCUUGUUGGUAACCAGCUCAGCUGGGCAGAUGUACACCUGCUUGAAGCUAUUCUAAUGGUAGAAGAGAAAGAGUCCACUGUGCUUUCUGAGUUUCCUCUGUUACAGGGUUUUAAAACAAGAAUAAGCAACAUGGCAACAAUUAAGAAAUUCCUGCAGCCUGGAAGUCAGAGGAAACCCCAGCCUGAUGACAAAUAUGUGGCAACUGUGAUGAAAAUUUUAAAGGAAGGCUAAAUGCCAAGUUCUACCCUCGGGGAACAUUUAGAAGAGGAUAGGUGGCUUACCACUGACGUUAAAAAUAAUUGCAACCCAGUGAUCUAAAACCUUCUGAUUAAUCUUUGUAUUCUGAUUCCAGUUUGUUUUAAUACAUGUUAAGUUCCUGAUAAAAUGUUGAAAUAAAAGAUUGGUUAGGAACAGUGAA